AUGCCUCAACAUUCAGUCUACCACAUCUUGAGCACAUGGAGGCUGGAAGGUGAAGUCAAAACAACACUGCUUCCCAAACCUGGACGUCCAAGAGUGUUGGACUUUGCUGACACACAGUUUCUUCUAAAAACUGUGACACACUAUAAUAAUAUGUACCUUGAUGAGCUUAGAGCAGUACUUGAGGAUUGA